GUUGCUCUCAAGGCUUCAGUUUGAAAUUAGAAGCCGCAUCACCAACAAAAUAAUGGAGCAAUGAAAAUAAGCGAGCACUCCCAGUUUGAGGGGUCGUAUGGUGGCCUUUGUGAUGAUGUCAUAAGAACCAAGGUAACAAUGAGAGAAAUUCUGGAAGUUUGAAUUUGCGCACUGUCUAGCAACCACUCUCAAUCUGUGAGCACUUCAACAAACCUGGAGAAGGGAUCAAAGUGCCGAUUCCGUCACUGUGAAAAAGCCAUUGGCAGUGACACCGUGUGCUCAUUAUGGAGAGAGGGGAGAUGUUCCCAUCAACUUUGCAAAUUUAGACAUAUGGAAAUACAGCAAAAAUACAACAGCAUUUCAUGUUUCUGGGAGACACAGCCGUUGGGCUGUGUGAGAAUCAGUUGUGUCUUCCAUCACCGGAAACCUCGUAACAUAAAUGGACUUUUUUUGCCACCUAGUAAUGAUUCUACAUUGCAAAGGGAAGUUCAGGAAGGGAUUUUACCUCCUGCCCAAAGUCAAGAUUCCACAAAAGGUCAAGAAAACACAUUAAGACCUAUCCACCCUCCACUGAUUAUUACCAUCAAUCUUGAGGACGAUGACGAAGAAGAACAGGAGGAGAAAUUUGCAUCUUAUUUACUGUCUAAGACACCAGAAGACAUAGAAGAAGAAAAGGCAAUAAAGGAAAUGUGUUAUAAAUCUGGAGAAUACUACAGAAUUCAGACUUCUCCGGAAAACCGCUUAACAAAAAACAUACCUUUGGUGCUGGAGAACGAGCUCUUGAAAACCAUGGAAACUGGCAGAGAUUUACAAGAAGGUGAUGGCGUUGCAGUUCCAUCAAAGUUCAAUAUUGCAGAAAGGCAAACGGAGAUAACGGCAUCAUUAGAUUGUAGCUCUCGAUCUGAUCUUAGUGCCUUUGAAAAUGGAGGAGGUGAUUGCUAUUUGCCACAAAGAAAUAUAUUUGUUGCAGGGAUACAAAGCAAAGCAUUCAGUGGAGAAAAAGAAUUUGCCAUGCUGAAGUGUUCGAACAUUAAAGCUACAAGUCACUCCGAAAGUAUAAAGAAGCAUCAUUUUAAAGGAGUGAAGAAAAAGAAAUGGAUUUCCGAGGAACCCAAAAACCUUCCUCUCCCGUUGACAGCAAAAGCAAUGCAUACUUCAAACCCUAAAGGUAAAGGGUAUUGCCAACAAAAUGAUCAAAGCAAGAAUGCUGAGAAUGCUUCUUAUGUUCCUUCUCAGAGAGCCAGCGGGAGAAGUAUUUCCUUGAGUUCUCCAGCAGCUGCAAGGUCACCCAAUCUGACCUAUGGUAAAGUUGGUGCAACCAAAGAAUCCAAGAUGAAUUUGGCUGCAGAGAGGUGCACUUCAGCAUAUAAUAUACCAGCUUGGCGAAAAAGAAGCCCACAUACUAAAGUAUAUACUAAAGCGGAAAAAAUGCAUUCAGCCCAGGGUUGCCAAUGUGGUGCCAGAUGUUGUGGACUACAUCUCUCAUCUUCCCUUACCCCAAUGGCCAUGCUGACUGGAGUGGAUGGGAGUUGGAAUCAACAACAGCUGGAUGGUACCAGGCUGGCUAUCCCCUAUCUAUCUAGAAGAGCCCAGAAGAAAUGGAAGCAGAUAAAGUGGAAGCAGAUUUGAAGGAGAGGGAAGGGCAAAAAAAGAAGUGAAAUUCUGUUCUUACUACCAUCAUAAGGGAAACAAAAGUGAAAAUUCAAAUGAUACGGUUAUCAAGGAAUUAAACUGCAGAUGCAAAGGUGACAAAAUUUAACACCCAAAAAGCAGGAAGUACAGAGAGGCUAAAACAUACGUAUUAAAAAUAUGUAAACAAGG